UCUAGUGCCAUACUGACUGGAACAUUGUUUUCAGGAUGUGUGAACAUGGGGCCCUGGAAGUCCAAAGCACGCGCCCAAAAGAGGCCAUCAACAACACAUCCAAACAGAAUGUGGUGGAGAAAAGAAGCCAAUGGGCAAGCAAGACCGAAUUUGUCCUGGCCGUGGCAGGCCAGAUCAUUGGACUAGGAAAUGUGUGGAGAUUUCCAUAUCUUUGUUACAAAAAUGGUGGAGGUGCCUUCCUUAUCCCCUACAUCCUUUUUCUGUUGACUUGUGGAAUUCCGCUAUUUCUUCUGGAAACAGCACUGGGACAGUACACAGCUCAGGGGGGUAUCACUUGCUGGAGGAGAAUCUGCCCCCUGUUUGAAGGUAUCGGCUAUGCUGGCCAGUUGAUUGUCUUCUACUCUGCUAUCUAUUACAUUGUUAUUUUGGCUUGGGCACUUUUCUACCUUUUGCAUUCAUUCCGUGUGGAUCUCCCUUGGAACACCUGCAAUAACACUUGGAACACUGAAGCCUGCAUGACAAUCGCCAGACGAAAUGACAGUUCUGAUUGGACAGUUUACAGGAACGCAUCUUCCCCCGUCAUUGAAUUCUGGGAAAGGAAGGCACUCACAAUAUCAAGAGGAAUCGAUGAAGUUGGUUCUUUGCAGUGGGAGCUCACCCUUUGCCUCUUUCUUGUCUGGGUUAUUUGCUACUUCUGUGUCUGGAAAGGAAUUAAGAUAACAGGGAAGGUGGUCUACUUCACUGCCACAUUCCCCUAUGUCAUGAUUGUUAUUCUGCUGGUGCGGGGUCUCACCUUACCAGGUGCUGCCAAUGGAAUCAUUUUCUACCUCUACCCAGAUGUCAGCCGCCUUGCAGACCCUCAGGUAUGGAUGGACGCUGGUACACAGAUUUUCUUUUCAUUUGUGGUGUGUCUUGGGUGCUUGACCGCUCUGGGCAGUUACAACCCAUAUAAUAAUAACUGCUACAAGGACUGCAUUUAUCUCUGCCUGCUGAACAGCGGUACUAGCUUUGUAGCUGGAUUUGCCAUCUUCUCUGUGCUAGGCUUCAUGGCUGAAGAGCAAGGACUUCCCAUUUCUAUGGUAGCUCAUUCAGGUCCUGGUCUGGCAUUUAUUGCAUAUCCUCGGGCAGUAGCCAUGAUGCCUUUGCCUCAGCUUUGGGCAGUUUGUUUCUUCCUCAUGCUCAUCAUCUUGGGAUUGGACAGCCAGUUUGUUGGCUUGGAGAGCUUGAUGACUUCCAUCACGGACCUAUACCCUGUGAUACUACGCCGGCCAGGUCACAGAGAACUUCUGUUGCUCCUUGUGUGUGUUGUAGCUUUCCUACUUGGGCUACUCAUGGUCACUGAGGGUGGCCUUUACCUCUUUCAGUUAUUUGAUUAUUAUGCCUGCAGUGGAAUUUGUAUCCUCUUUCUUGCUUUAUUUGAGAUUGUGUGUAUUGCCUGGGUUUAUGGUGCUGAGCGUUUCUAUUCCAACAUGGAAGAUAUGAUAGGCUACCGACCCUGGCCACUGAUUAAAUACUGCUGGUUGUUUUUCACACCAGCAGUCUGUUUGGGAACUUUCAUCUUCUCUGUGGUCAAGUACACCCCAUUAAGGAUGAACAACACAUAUGAGUAUCCAUUGUGGGGAUAUGCUCUUGGAUGGUUCCUUGCCUUGUCUUCUAUUUUUUUGGUCCCACUGGUCAUGAUCAUUAAAGUAGUCCGGGAAGAAGGGACAAUUCUUGAGAGACUCCGUAAACUGUGUCGCCCAGCUGAUGACCUACCUCUCAAUAAGAAGCAGCAAGUAAAAUUUUGUUCUUUGGAUUCUGCAAGUGGAAAAGCAGUUGAUUUGACCAGAGAGGGAUCACCAGAACCUUUCAGUAUUGAGACAGGUCCAUUGUAG